CCAGCCUGCUGAACUUCACCUGGGCUCUUCUGGACAGCACGCUCAUCAGCGCCACCGCCAAACUCAACUCGGUUUCCAAGCACCAUCGCUACGUGGCGCGCAAACUGUCUGACGAGAAACGCGUCGUCAAGGAGAAAUUCGUGAAUGGUCUGGCGACCACACUUGGCGAUUCUGCUUUGAAGACCAGGAAAUUUCACUUCCAUCAGCACACUCAGGACUUUACCUCUGGUAGAACUUUUGGUAGAAGAGGAAGUGAGGAGCUUUUACUGAGCAAAAGAGCGAUGAUUAUGGACAGCCCGGACGCGGUGGACGCCAACCAAAGGUACCCGUCUCCCGUUCGCUUCCUGAUCGCCUGCUACCACGCCAUGAUCUCUCGCUCCGAAGUUGUCUGCUACCUGCUGAUCGUGCUGAACCAGCUCAAGUCGGCCAGUCUCCUCUCGCUUCCCCUCCCGCUCAUGGUCUUCCUCUGGGGUUCCCUGUCCGUGCCGCGCCCCACCAAGACCUUCUGGAUAACGAUCAUCACCUACACGGAGGCCAUCAUCGUCGUUAAGUACUUCUUCCAGUUUCACUUCUUCGACUGGAGCUACCGAGAGUCUGUGACUGUGCCCUUCGAUCCCCAACGCAUCCUGGGCGUCGGCAGGCGGGAGGGUCACAGCGAUUACGCCAUCUACGACCUCCUGCUUCUGCUUUUCGUCUUCUUCCACCGAUUCAUGCUCAAGAGCCUGGGCCUCUGGAAGGACAGCGAGCGGGGCGUGGGCGCGCCCAUUACUCCUCCGGGAGCUCCAGAAGCGCCUGAAGGGCGCUUCUACACGCCUGGCCGGAGGUCCCUUACAGCUCGCCGGGAUGAGGUCUUUCCUCUCGCAUCAGGAAGCAUGAUGGACGUGCGUACGGGACACGAAAAGAUCACGAAUUUCAAUGCACGGUACACGGACACCAGCUCCUCGGUUUUCCGCGAUGUUGAAGAUAGAGGCAACCUAGAUGGAUACUUCCUCUACGUCACCAUGAAUUUUAAUGGCAUUUCACGCUAUCUGGAGCCCUUCCGCACCUUCUUCCAAAACCUGCUGAACCCGCUGCACAGGGUGACAACGGACGUAUAUGCCUACAUGUUUUUCUGCGAUUUCAUCAACUUCUUCAUUAUGGUCUUCGGCUACUGGGCUUUCGGAACGGGAAACUCAGAACACAGCGUGGCAUCUUACUUUCAAAAGAAUGAGGCGGAGUACAAGUCGAGUGCAUUGGCCCAGGGCUUCCUGACAAGCCACGACGUGUCGGACGUGUCCCUGAUCACGCUGAACGGCAACUCGACGGCCGUGUGGACCGUGAGCCCGCCGAGCAGGAACGCCCUCGUCGAAGAGCUCCGCAGCUCGGCGGUCACGCUGCGGCUCAAGUGGUCUUUCACGCGAGACGUAGACGACGAGACCAACGCUGAGAAGCUGGUGGAGAACGAGCAUUCGGUGCAGCUCAUGGACGAGGCCGUCCGGAUGCGCUUGUCGAACAUGCUCACCGGGUCGGCGGAAAACGUCACCGUGCCCCCAAUUCUGCCCAGGUACCUGCUGGUGCCCCGUAAGGGCAAAGUGGAGGUAGUCCGGGCCCUGGACAUUCCAGGACUGGACACCUACCGGCGCCUAACGCUGCGCCUGCGCAACGGGGCCUUCCGGAACUUGAGCUCCGAGAGUGACUGGUGGGAGGUGACUGAACGCUGCACGGACACGUACCCGUUUCCAUUCCUGCGCGAAGACAAGCAGGCCUGCACCCACCUGAACCUCGUCAUCUUCAACGAGAAGGCAUUUCCCCAGGCGCUGUCGCAGAUCACGAAAUACGGGAUCGUGGGCUUAUACACGACGUUCGCGUUGGUGAUCGUGCGCCUGCUACGGCGCAUCAUGGCGGGCAUGGCUUUCACCAUCAUGUACGACGACCUGCCCAACGUGGACCGCGUACUCCAGCUUUGCCUGGACAUCUACCUGGUGCGCGAGAGCAGGGAGAUGAGCCUCGAAGAGGACCUCUUCGCCAAGCUCAUCUUUCUGUACCGCUCACCGGAGACCCUCAUCAAGUGGACGCGGCUCACUGACACCCAGCUGCAGGCGCGCCGCUAAUGAUGGUUCCAUCGGUCUCGCAUCAGCGCUUGCCCUCUGAUAUCACACCUUACGAUGUGAUCGUUAG